AGUGACGGAUCUAUUUUCAACGGGAGGCUGGACCGAGAGAAGCGUCACACAGAAAGCAAAGACACUGGGGGAUAAAACACACUGUCCUCCUCCUCUACAGUUCACGGAAUUUACAUGUUUUAACGAGGAUAUCUUCACAUGCCAACACCGGAUAUUUAUGAACAUCUGCACAGGUUUAUAUUAGUAGCGUUAGCUUGACGGGAAAAAGAAAGCAAGAAUGGAUCAGAAUUUAUUUGGUGGGGCUCCACGCUUCCUAACUCGACCCAAAGCCUUCUCGUUGUGCGUGGGACGAGAUGCCUCCCUCAGCUGCACUAUUGUGGGGAACCCUGUUCCUGUAGUCACCUGGGAGAAAGACAAGAUGCUUCUUUCGGCAGGUGGACGCUUCAAGAAAGUAGAAGAUGGUGACGUUUACCGACUUACCAUCUACGAUCUAACUCUAGAAGACAGUGGGCAGUACAUGUGCCGUGCCAAGAACAACGUUGGAGAGGCAUAUGCGGCUGUGACCCUGAAGGUGGGACUGCCGGAAACUGUGAUUGAUCGCGCCCCAGUGUUUACAGUCAAGCCUGUCUCCACCCGUGUGGGUCUAGGGGGUGAUGUUACCUUCUAUUGUCGGGUGGCAGCCCAUCCGGCACCCAACUUUGACUGGGAAAAGGAUGGUCGCUACCUGGGUGAGACCAACCGCAUCAAGAUAAUCUCGGAAAAUGACUCCAGCUCCUUGAGGAUCCAGAGUGUCAGGAGCUUGGACAGUGGUACCUACACCUGCCGUGCACAGAACUCCAUUGGCCGUGCUCAGGCCGCUGCUGCGCUAGCGGUCGACCUUCAAGAUACUCGUCUCCUGAAUGCAGACAAGAGCACAUCCCUCCUCUCACACAUGCAGAAGCGGAAAGAAGAAAUGCGGAAGGACAUCUCCUUAUACCGCACCGUGGAAAGUUCCUCAACCACGCAUACAGCCUCAUCUUCCUCGAUCACCGAGGAACUUGGAAGCUUGGGACUCGGCUAUGAUCAGGAGCAGAGGGUUGCGGCCUUAACCAGCAUGUUGCCCAAAGGUGUGUUCACUCGCACCUGUAUGGUGACCGAGGGUAAACAUGCAAAGCUUAGCUGUUUCGUCACAGGCCAUCCCAAACCUCAGAUCAUCUGGAGGAAGGAUGGGGCGAACAUCAGUGAGGGCCGCAGACAUGUGAUGUAUGAGGACCUGGCGGAGAAUUUCAUCCUCAAGGUGCUCUACUGCAAACAAAGUGAUAAUGGGCUUUACACCUGCAAUGCAUCCAACUUGGCUGGACAAACCUAUAGUGCUGUGCUAGUGAUCGUCAAAGAACCAAAGAUCCCAUUCAAAAAGAAGCUGCAGGAUGUCGAGGUGAAGGAAAAGGAAACAGCAACUCUGCAGUGUGAGGUGCCAGUGCCGAACACAAAGGCCAGCUGGUUUAUGGAGGAGACCCAUCUGGAGGAAAGUACCAAGUACCGCAUGGAUGUGGAAGGGACCCUGCGCCGCCUCACUAUUCACAAUGUCACCACCAAUGAUGAUGCCGUGUACAUCUGUGAGAUGAAGGAAGGCAGCCGUACUGUGGCCGAACUUACAGUGCUGGGCAACAUCACCAAAAAGCUGCCGAGGAGGACAGUGGUGCCAGUUAGCGAUACCGUAAUCUUCUGUGUGGAACUGGAGAAACCAGUAGAUGAUGCAUACUGGACCAGGAAUGGGGAGAGGCUGAAAGAGGACUCCCGAAUUAUUAUCGCCCGCAUUAACAGACAGUACACACUGACCAUUCGCGAAUGUACUGCAGAGGACUCGGGUGAGGUAGCUUUCAUCGCCCAUGACUGCAAGACAUCCACCCGCUUCUCCGUCACAGCACCGAGGAAACAUCCCCCAGAUCCCCCACUUGAGCCAGUGGUGCGAAACAAGACAGAUUCAUCGAUCACACUGUGCUGGUCUCCACCAGACAGUGAACGGCCCGUGCCCAUCACCGGCUACAUCCUUGAGCGCAGGAAGGUGGGAGCCCAAACCUGGGUUAAAGUCACUAGUACGUCUGUGUCUAGCACUGAAUACACCAUCAGUGAAAUUUCAGAAGAAGCAAGCUAUCAGUUCCGCAUCUCAGCGGUCAAUGAUUUUGGUCAGAGUGCCUACUUGGAGGUUCCUGGAACGUUUUACCUUGAGCCCACAGCAUCAGUGAAGACAGGCCUGGUCAACUGCAGUGCACAUGUAGGUGAAGAAGCAACCUUCACUGUUGAGCUCUCAGCCGUAUGUUCCGGCUCCUGGACCAUAAAUGACAGAAUGAUCCGCAGUGGAUCUGAGUAUCUGAUCACACGCUCAAAGACCACACACACGCUGGUCAUUAGGGAGGUAUCCAUGGAACUAAAUGGAGCACAGGUCAAGUUUGUGGGUGGUGGAUCUCAGAGUGUUUCCACGCUUAGUGUGAAAGCCGCACCCGCACGUUUCACCAAUAAGUCUUCUCAGGUGGAAGUGUUUACUUUCAGCAUGCACUCCUCUGCUCAGAUGUACACAGAAGUGUCCGAUUCAAGCAUCCAGGUUGUCUGGAUGAAGAAUGGGAAGGAACUGAGGAUGGGUAAAAAAUAUGAAGCCACAAGUGUGGACCGUAAACGCACACUGACAGUCCACAACAUUGACCAUGAAGAUGUGGGCAUCUAUGAAUGCAUGUUUGAUGGCGAUAAAAUGUCUGUCCAGCUUGCCCUUAAAGAAGAACCAGCUAAGUUUGUUAACAAGCCGAGGGCUCAGCCCCAAGAGAGUGAUGCUCUUUUGGGUGACGUGGUGUUGAGCUGUGAGGUUGCUUCUCCUGGAACUGCCGUUGUGUGGAAGAAAGAGCAGACAGAAAUAAUGGAGGACAAGAGGACAACUUUUAUAUCUCAGGGGACACAAAGGAAGCUGGUCAUCAGGGGUGCCAAGCAGAGCGAUGAAGGACACUACUCGUGUGAGACGGCAGAGGACAAAAUGACAUUCCUGGUCAAGAUAAAAGAAACUCGUGCUGCUUUCUCCAACAAAGACUCUUAUCAGAAGGAGGUGAAGGUUUCAACCUCCCAAAAGGCCACACUGAGCUGUGAAGUUUCUGAUGCCAAAACUGAAGUGAAAUGGUUCAAGGAUGGCAAGCAGUUGAUUUCCAGUAAGACUGUCCACAUGGAGUCGAAGGGCAAGAGCCGCCAGCUCGUGCUGGAUAAUGUGGAGAAGAAGGAUGCUGGAGAAUAUACCUGCGAAGCUGGAAAUGAAAAGCUGGUCUUUAAGAUUCGGGUGGAAGACAUACAAGCCGCCUUCUCCAACAAAGACUCCUAUCAGAAGGAAGUCAAAGUAGCUGCUUCCCAAAAAGCCACACUGAGCUGUGAGGUUUCUGACCUCAAGACUGAGGUGAAAUGGUUCAAGGAUGGUAAGCAGUUGAUUUCCAGUAAGACUGUCCACAUGGAGUCAAAGGGCAAAAGCCGUCAGCUGCUGCUGGAGAACAUUCAAAAGAAGGAUGUUGGAGAAUAUACCUGUGAAGCUGGAAAUGAAAAGCUUGUCUUUAAGAUUUGUGUGGAAGACAUUCAAGCCACCUUCUCCAACAAGGACACCUAUCAGAAGGAAGUGAAGGUUUCAUCCUCCCAGAAAGCCACACUGAGCUGUGAAGUGUCUGACGUCAAGACUGAGGUGAAAUGGUUCAAGGAUGGUAAGCAGUUGAGCUCCAGUAAGACUGUCCACAUGGAGUCAAAGGGCAAAAGCCGCCAGCUGGUGCUGGAGAACGUGGAGAAGAAGGAUGCUGGAGAAUAUACCUGUGAAGCUGGAAAUGAAAAGCUUGCCUUUAAAAUUGAAGUGACAGAUGUUCAAGCUGCCUUCACCAACAAAGACUCCUAUCAGAAGGAAGUCAAAGUAGCUGCUUCCCAAAAGGCCACACUGAGCUGUGAGGUUUCUGACCCCAAGACCGAGGUAAAAUGGUUCAAGGAUGGCAAGCAGUUGAGCUCCAGUAAGACUGUCUUUAUGGAGUCAAGGGGCAAGAGCCGCCAGCUCCUGCUGGAGAAUGUGGAGAAGAAAGAUGCUGGGGAGUACACCUGUGAAGCUGGAAAUGAGAAACUUGCCUUUAAAAUUCAGGUGACAGAUAUUCAAGCUGCCUUCACCAACAAGGACACCUAUCAGAAGGAAGUCAAAGUAGCUGCUUCCCAAAAGGCCACACUGAGCUGUGAGGUUUCUGACCCCAAGACUGAGGUGAAAUGGUUCAAGGAUGGCAAGCAGUUGAGCUCCAGUAAGACUGUCCACAUGGAGUCAAAGGGCAAGAGCCGCCAGCUCCUGCUGGAGAACGUGGAGAAGAAGGAUGCUGGAGAAUAUACCUGUGAAGUUGGAAAUGAAAAGCUGCCAUUUAAGAUUCAGGUUACAGAGCUCAAAGCUGCCUUCACCAACAAAGACUCUUAUCAGAAGGAAGUGAAGGUUUCAGCCUCCCAAAAAGCCACACUGAGCUGUGAAGUUUCUGACCUGAAGACUGAGGUGAAAUGGUUCAAGGAUGGCAAGCAGUUGAGCUCCAGUAAGACUGUCCACAUUGAGUCAAAGGGCAAGAGCCGUCAGCUGGUUCUGGAGAAUGUGGAUAAGAAGGAUGCUGGAGAAUACACCUGUGAAGUUGGGAAUGAGAAACUUCUUUUUAAGAUUCAGGUGGAAGAUGUUUCUACCAAAUUCCAGAAGACAUCCGUAACAAAAGAAACUGUGAUGGUCGAGUCAACAGAAAAGGUUGUGUUAAAAACCGAGGUGAUGUCAGAGAAUUGUAGUGUUAAGUGGUUCAGGGAUGGAAUAGAACUGAAAGACGGAUCAAAGUAUGAGAUGAAACAGGAAGGUUGCUCACGUGUCCUCAUCGUUAAGUCCUCUGAAUCUAAAGACAGCGGCACCUACUUUUGUCAGACGGCUGAUGACAAGGUUGAGUUCAAGGUUCAGGUCAAAGAUGCACCUUUAAAGUUUGUGGUGCCAUUGCAGCCAGUGUCUGCAGUACUGGAAAGCACAGUGACACUUUCCUGCAGUCUCAACAAAGCCACGAGUAGUGUGCUCUGGAAGCAUAAUGGCAAAGAAAUCAAAUCAGGUGGUAGAUUCAGUAUCCGCACCGAUGGCACCAAUUGCAUCUUGACUGUGUCCGCUGUGGCUCAGGAGGACGAAGGAGAGUACAGCUGUGAAUGCAAAGAUGACAAGACCUCCACCAAAGUCACUACUAAAGCCCCACGUCUGGUGAGGUUCACUACCAAGCUGAACAAUGUUGUUGCAAAUGAAGGCAAAGAUGCCAUCUUUAAAUGCUCCAUCACACCAGCCGAUGUAAGUGUCAGAUGGCUGCGUAAUGACAUUCCUAUUACAGCUAGUCCCAAAUUUAAGAUCGCUCAUGGGGGAAGCAGCCAUUCCCUCAUCAUCACAGCUGUCACUCAGGAGGAUGCAGGAGAGAUCAGUAUCGACGCCGAGGGGAAACUGUGCAAAGCCACACUCCAAGUACAACAACUUCCUGUCACCUUCAAGAAGAAGCUUGCAGAUAUGACUGUUACUGAGCAGGACACAGUUCGUUUGGAAGUGGAGCUGAGUAAACCCUCAAAAGAUGUGAAGUGGAUGAAGAAUGGUGUGAUACUACAGCAAGGAGACAAUAUAGAGAUGUCUGUGGAUGGUGCCAGGCAGGCUCUGGUCCUCAAGAGUGUGGCGUAUGCUGACAGAGGAUAUUACUCAUGUGAAACCCUAGAUGACAAGACCCAGGCCAAACUGACAGUAGAAAUUAAAAAGAUUCAAAUAGUAAAAGGCCUAAAAGAUAUGAAAGUGCAAGAAAAAGAGAGCAUCACUAUGGAGGUGGAGCUCAGCAAGGCUGAUGUAGAAGGUUCCUGGAGCAAAGAUGCAAAAAAACUAAAGGCAGGACCAAAUAUCAUCAUUACAGCACAGGGGAACAGGCAAUGCUUGACUAUGUCCCAGCUGAAGAUAAGUGAUGGUGGAACUAUUACUUUCCAAGCUGAGGAUGUCUAUACUUCUGGCAAACUAAUUGUUACAGAACCCGCUGCAAAGAUCCUCAAACCUCUACGGGAUAUCAGUUCUCCUGAAAAGGAGAAAGUCACCUUUGAAUGUGAGGUGUCAAGAGCAAAUGCUGAUGUCAAGUGGUUUAAGGAUGAUGAGGAAUUGAAGCCAGGAAAGAAAUUUGGCAUCCAUUCCCAGGCCAACAAGCGCACCCUGAUCAUCCAUAAGUGUGCAUAUGAAGACCAGGGCCAGUAUAUAUGUAGAACAACAGAUGACAAUACCACGGCAAAGUUCACUGUUCACGCCAGAGAUAUUACAAUAGUCAAGCCGCUGCAGGACGUGGAGGUGACAGAGAAGGAGAGUGCAACAUUUGAUUGUGAGGUCUCUCACGAUGAGGUCGAGGCUCAGUGGCACAAAGGAGAUGCCAAACUGAAAGCAGGAGACAACAUAAAGAUAAGACAGGAGGGAAGAACAUACGUUCUACUCUUCAAAUCUGUAAAGGCUGAGGAUGCAGGUGAAAUCAGGUUCACAGCUGAGAAGGCCUCUUCAGUCGCCAAACUGAAGGUUAAAGAACUGCCUGUCAGAUUUGUGAAGAAACUGAGAGACAAAAUCGCCAUGUACAAACACCGCGCAUACUUAGAAUGUCAAGUUUCACGGGCCAACGCUAAAGUCACAUGGUACAAGAACAAGUCCGAGAUCAAACCCAGCAAGAAGCACGAGAUCACCAGUGAGGACAUCUACAGGAAGCUCACCAUCAUCGACGUGGACUCUGAUGAUGAGGAUACAUAUGUGUGUGACGCCAUUGAUGAUAAGACUUCAUGUCAGCUACUAGUAGAAGAGCAGGCUAUCAGCGUAGUACGGCAUCUGAGUUCUGUGGAAGUGACCGAGCCGUUUGCUGCCCGCUUUGAGGUGGAAGUCAGCGUGGAGACUGUCAAGCCAGUGAAAUGGAUGCUGAAUGGGGAACAGCUGAAGGAGUGUGCAGAUAUAGAGAUGGAAAAAGAGGGAACCAUGCACCGACUCACUUUUAAGAAAACCAAGCCCUCCAUGUCAGGCCCAGUACAGUUCACUGCUGGAAAGAGCAAAUCAACAGCUGAGCUCAAAGUGAAAGAGCGUCCCAUUGAAGUCCUGGAGCCUCUUAAAGAUGUGUCCGCCAAGGAGAAGACUUCCACCACACUAUGUUGCAAGUUCUCUGCCACACCAAAAGAAGUACGGUGGUUUAAGGGUCAAACUGCUUUGGAAGCUUCCAGCAAAUACAGCAUGAAGCAAAAGGACGCCAGUGUGCAGCUGAUCAUACAAGCUUUGAGUGCAGAGGACUCUGGAGAGUAUCGCUGUCAGGUUGGGGUCUGUGAGACCAAAGCUGUUCUCAAAGUAGAAGUGCGUAAAAUCCAGAUCACCAAACAUCUGACAGACGUGGAGGUUGAUGAAGAUGGUGAUGUGGUGUUCACCUGUGAGGUUAACUAUGCUGAUGAAGAGGUCCAGUGGACUCUCAAUGACAAGCUGCUCUUCAACAAUGAGGUCAAUGCCAUCACCCAUGUGGAUAAGACCCACACGCUCACCCUCAAGAACCUAGCACCUGAGGAUGGUGGGAAGGUCUCAUUCAGCAUCAGGGAUGUGAAAGAAACAGUCUGCCUAAAAGUCAAAGAGAAGAAAGCCAUCUUCUUGAAGUUGCUGGAUGAUGUAGUUGCAGAGGAGAAGGGUACAGUUACCCUUAAGUGUGAAGCCUCAAAGCCCAGAGUGGCCCCUGUGUGGCGCAAAGAUGGAACAGUCCUGUCACCAGGGGAAAAGUAUGAACUCCUCCAUGAUGGUAAGACCUUGGGACUUACUAUCCAUGAUGUCACACAAGCUGACGCCGGGGAGUACAGCUGCGAUCUUGGCACAGACCUCUCCAAGUCCAAGGUCACUGUUCGAGAUAUCCACAUUGGGAUCACCAAGCGUGUUAAAUCGGUAGAGGCCAAAGCAGGUGAAAACUGCACAUUUGAGUGUAUCUUGUCCCGAGAAAGUUCAGAGAAGUGCACCUGGAGCGUAAAAGGCCAACCUGUCACUGAUGGAGGGCGUUUCCAGAUAAGCAGCAAAGGGCGCAAGUAUACCUUAACAAUCAAAGCUGUCUCAGCUUCUGAUUCUGGUGAGGUGGUCUUCACUCUUAAGGAUUUGAGCUCAAAGGCAACACUUACUGUUGAGGGUGAAGCUCCUACCAUAUCAAAAGAGCUUCAAGGUGUCAGUGCCAAAAUUGGUGAAAAUGCCACAUUCUCCUGUGAGCUUUCUCAAUCUGGACUGGAAGUGAAGUGGUCAAAGGAUGGCAAGUCUAUUAGAAAAAGCCAGAAAUACGAAAUCAGUCAGGAGCAGAUGCUCGUAAAGCUGACAAUCCGCAACGUCACUGAAAAAGAUUCUGGAGAAUACAGCUGUGAGGUCACCGGUGGUCCAACCUCCAAGGCUAAGCUGGAGAUCAAAGAACUGGCUAACAAAUUCAUUCAUGAGCUAAAGGAUGCCACUGCUGAAGAGAAGAGUGUUGUCUCCUUUGAAUGUGAGACAGCCCAACCUGCCUCUAAAGUCACCUGGCUGAAAGGAACAAAGGAGAUCAGGGCUGGAGGAAGGUAUGAGCUUAUGCAAAAGGGAACUGUCCUCAUCCUUAAAGUGAAGGAUCUGGAGAAGAGUGACAGCGAGGUAUACACCUGUGACAUUGGCUCUACGAAGAGUUCAGCGAAACUGACAGUGAAAGCACUACCAGUGGUCUUCACACAUGAGCUGCAAAACCUGGAGUGUGAUGAAGGAGGAAGUUCUACUCUGUCCUGCGAGCUUUCCAAACCUGGUGUCCCUGUGCAGUGGAAAAAAGGAAGCCAUGUUAUUCAGUCUGGAGGAAAGUACGACAUCAGGCAAAUUGCCUCAAAGGUGGAGCUGAAGAUCACAGAUUUCAAACCUGAAGAUGAAGGAGACUACACAUGUGUAUGUGGAGACAAGGCAACAACAGCCCAUGUGAAGAUCAAGGUUCUGAAGGCACAGACACCUUUAUACCAACCAGGACUUCAGAAGCAGACUACUGAGCAGGGAGCAUCAGUCGAUGCUCUAAAGUUCCUCCGUCCAUCUGCUGCCCUUGAAUCAGACUUCCAAAAGCAGAAGAAAGAGAAACAGGCAGAGCUCAGUGCUCUCCCAAUUCAGUUUACGGAAGUACUGCUAAACCAAGCAUGUGAUGAAGGUGGCACUGUUAUUCUGCGCUGUGAACUCUCAAAACCUGAAGUUCCUGUGAUUUGGAGGAAAGGAACACAGGUGAUCCAUACUGGUGGAAAGUACAUCAUCAGACAAGCUGGGACUACGGUUGAGUUGGAAAUCAUUGAUGUUAACCCUGAAGAUAGCGGAGACUAUGCUUGUGUUUGUGGAGACAACAUCACCACUGCUAACAUCAAAGUCAAUGCAUUACCGGUGGUCUUCAAACGUGAGCUACAGAACCAAAAUCUUCAAGAAGGGGAAAGUGUUACUUUGUGCUGUGAACUCUCAAAACCUGGAGUUCCUGUGGUUUGGAGAAAAGGAACCAAGGUCAUUAGUUCUGGAGAAAAGUACAUCAUCAAGCAAGUUAGCUCUUCUGUUGAGCUGAAGAUCAUUGAUGUUAAACCUGAAGACGCUGGAGAUUAUGCUUGUGAUUGUGGAGAUAACAUCUGCACUGCCAACAUCAAAGUCAAUGCAUUACCAGUGGUCUUCAAACGUGAGCUACAGAACCAAGAAAUUCAAGAAGGGGAUAGUGUCACUUUGCACUGUGAAAUCUCAAAACCCGACGUUCCUGUGGUUUGGAGGAAAGGAACACAGGUGAUCCAUUCUGGAGGAAAGUACCUCAUCAAGCAAGUUGGCUCUACUGUUGAGCUGAAGAUCACUGAUAUCAAACCUAAAGAUGCUGGAGACUAUUUUUGUGAUUGCGAAGACAGCAUGACAGCUGCCAACAUCAAGGUUAAUGCUCUUCCAGCCACCUUCACACGAGAGCUAAAAAGCCAGACAGCUAUUGAAGGAGAAAGCAUCAUCUUCCAGUGUGAGCUUUCCAAACUUGGAGUUCCUGUUGUUUGGAGGAAAGGGAUGCAGGUGAUCCAUUCUGGAGAAAAGUACCUCAUCAGGCAAUUUGGCUCUACUGUUGAACUGAAGAUCACUGAUGUUAAACCUGAAGAUGCUGGAGACUAUGCUUGUGAUUGUGGAGACAGCAUUACCACAGCCAAUUUCAAAGUUAAUGCACUUCCAGCCAUUUUCACACAAACACUAAAGAACCAGGCAGCUGUUGAGGGGGAGAGCAUCAGCUUCCAGUGUGAGCUCUCCAAAGCAAACAUUCCAGUUGAGUGGCGCAGGGGUGAAAUUGGCCUUUGCCCCUGUGCUAAAUAUGAAUUAAAGCAAGAUGGUCACCAUGCCCAACUGGUCAUACACGACCUUGAUUGUGAGGACUCUGGUGACUAUAUUUGUGACACUGGAGAUUGCCAAAGUAUUGCACAUCUGAAAGUUAAGGCACUGCCAGUUCUUUUCAAAUCAUCUCUGAAAGAUCUAGAAAGUGAAGCUGGGGAAAAUGCAGUCUUUCGUUGUGAACUUGACAAAGCUGGAGCCAAAGUCAUCUGGAGGAAAGACAAAAGUGUAAUAGAAGCAAGCCACAAAUAUCAGCUGAAGCAAGAUGGGGCUGUUGCUGAGCUUCUCAUUUACAAGCUACAAGAAGGAGACGCUGGAGAGUACUGCUGUGAAACAGAACAUGAUCGGACAUAUGCCAAACUCACUGUGAAGGAACCUGAAAUCACGAUCUUAACUGGCUUGAAGAGCUGCAUUGUCAAUGAAGGCGAGGACGUUCAUUUCGAAUGCCUUGUCUCUCAUGACAAUGCACUCAUUGUUCAGUGGACGCUGCAAGACGUUCCACUACAGAACAAUGAGAUGAAUGAAAUCCGAAUGGAAGGCAAAAGACACACACUUACACUAAGAAGUGUCACUCAAAAAGACUCAGGCACGGUGUCCUUCCAUGUGGGUGCACACACUUCUUUUGCCUGUCUUACAGUCAGAGCAGUCCCUGUGCUGUCGUUUGUGAAGGAGUUAACAAGCCAGGAAAUCACAGAGGGAGGUAGUGCCUCAUUAUGUUGCGAAACUUCAAUACCUGAUACCAGUGUGACCUGGAAGAAGGGUACUCAGGUCCUAUCUGAUGGAAAGAAGUAUUCCAUAAAGAGUGAUGGCAGAAUCCAAACCUUGGAAAUCCAUAAGCUAUCAGUGGAUGAUGGUGGCGAGUACAUAUGUGAAGCAGGAGACAAAAGAAGCAAAGCUACAUUGACUGUCAAAGAAUGUGUAAAAAUCACAAGAGAAUUAAAGGAUGUGACAGUGAUAACGGGCGAGGAUGCUAUCUUCCUGUGUGAGGUGUCUCAUACAGGGGUUACGAAUGUCGAGUGGUGGCUCGGCUCCAACCACCUUCAAAACAAUGACUUGAAUCAAAUCAGCUGCCGAGGGAGGGAACACAGCCUAGUGCUGAAAAUGGUCACACCCGAUGACUCAGGUGAUGUUGCCUUUGUGGUUGGCCCUGAGAAGAGCGUCGCCUACUUGUUGGUGCAGGAGAAACCCAAAGUCAUAUUCUUAGAGAAGCCUCUGGACUUAACUGCCAAAGAGGGUCAAACAGUCACACUGUCCUGCAUGACUUCUGACCCUGAGGCCUCUGUCACCUGGUACAAAGAUGAAGUGAUGAUAAAGGCAGGGGGGCAGUAUCUGCUUUACAAGGACAGAGCUGUCCAUCAGCUCCGCAUCCUUAGAGUGGAGGAAGGAGAUGCAGGGUUGUAUACAUGCAAAACCAAAGAUGCAGAAAGCUGUGCCACCCUUACUGUUAAAGGUCAACCUGCAUACUUCCGGAAGGAGUUAGACAACCAGAAUGCAAUAGAGGGAGAAAGUAUCACCUUGCGCUGUGAGCUUUCUAAGCCAGUUAAAAGUGUAGAGUGGAGAAAGGGUGGAGUGGUGCUCCAACCCAGUAAGAAAUUUGAAAUGAAAAAGGAAGGGUGUGUGCUGGAGCUCCAUGUCCAUGAUCUGGAACCAGAGGACAAUGGCUACUACACUUGUGAUGCUGGAGACCAGUUGACCACAGCAUCAGUCACUGUGCAAGAGGCUGAGGUUCUCAUAGUGUCGGGUAUAAAGAAUACAGAUGUGUUUGUGGGCGAACAGGCAAUUUUCUCCUGCCAGCUCUCUCGCCGUGCCAAAGGCAGAGUUCAGUGGUGGCUAGACGGCACUCGUUUGGAGAACAGUACCUUCAGUGAAAUGAGUGUGGGUGAAGACCAUGUCCACACUCUCACCCUAAGGAACCUUUCUCCCAAUGAUUCGGGUACAGUCCUGUUCAAAACAGGUGGCCUGACAUCCUCCGCCAAGCUGUUAGUGAAAGAUCCCAAUGUGGAGGUGGUCAGUGCCAUGGAGGACCAACAUGUAGCAGAAAACCAGCCAGCAGAGUUCAUCUGUCAGUACUCCCGGCCAGUCAAGGCCGUAUGGAAGCGAAACGGCAUACCUGUGCAAGCAGACGGUCGCAGGGUGAUAGUGGAACAGGACUGGACUGUUGCACGGUUGUACAUUAGCUGUGCAGAGCCCCAGGAUGGGGGAAUGUACUCCUGUGAGGCAGAAGGAACCUCUGUCAUGGCACAUCUCAGGGUGCAAGCUAAACCAAUUGACAUUCUUCAAGAGCUGAGUAACGUGGAGACCAUUAAUGGUGGGGAAGCACUUUUUGAAUGCUCCUUGUCCCGUCCUGAAACCAAGGAUUGCCAGUGGUUAAUCGAUGGCAAGCCUGUAAAGGAGUCCGCAAACGUUGAGAUAGUUUCCUUUGAGAGUGGUAGACGCCAUCUUCUGCUUUUAAAGGACUUGCAUCCUUGUGAAAACACAAGGGUUACAUUCCAAGCCGGCACUUCAUCAACCACUGCUCUUCUGUCUGUCAAAACUUGGCAACUGGAGGUGGUCAAGCCUUUGGAAAAUAAGACUGCCAUUGCAGGAGAACAAGUUGAGUUCACUUGUGUUUUGAAUGAAGCUGUGCCUGAGAGUGAAGUGACUUGGUAUGCAAAUGGUGUUGAGCUAAAAUGUAAUGACCAAUGGGCCAUGAGAGCAAGUGGCUCUUCCUACAGCCUAAUUUUGAAGAAAGCCCAUGCUCAGCCCACACAGGAAAUAACAUUUGCAGCACGGGAUGCCUUAUCAAUGGCCAAACUCAUCACAAUAUCUGUGCCUGAUCCCCCUGAAGACCCAGAGCUGGUUAGUAAAGGUCCAGAGUUUGUCACCUUGUCUUGGUUCACGCCCCUUAGUGAUGGAGGAAGUCCAAUCACUGGUUACCGUGUGGAAAUGCGUCUAGUAGACAGUGCCCUCUGGCUGCCCUGCCACACAGAACCGGUAUGCAACACUGAAUUUCUGGUUGAAAACCUCAUACCUGGGGCAGGUUACAGGUUCAGAGUGGCGGCCAUCAACCGUGCUGGUAUUGGAGAGCCUGUUCAGCUGCCUCAAACUGUGACACUUGAUGAACCAGUGAGCAUGACCAAAAUGUUAAGCAGCUCUAAGACCCAAAAAGGAAAGAUGGUUCGUUUGGAGUGUGAACUUUCUGCAGAGAGCAAAUCAGUCACAUGGCUAAAGGACAACCGAGAGAUAGAGUUUGGGGUCAAGUACCAAAUGGUAACAGAAGGAAAGAGCCAAGUUUUGCUCAUAAAGGAUUUCCAGUCUACAGAUCAGGGUGUCUAUUCUUGUGUAGCCUCAGAAGAGGCAAAGACUUCAAUCAACCUCAACCUCGAAGGAGAUGACACAACACUUUCUCAGGAUGCAGGCAGCCAGCCCAAACUGCCUCCUGAGGCGGCUUCUGAGGGAGAUUUACAUGCUCUAUGGGAUGCAGUGGCCAAGAAGAGGAGAAUGAGUCGGGAACCCACGUUAGAUUCAAUUUCAGAGUUGCCAGAAGAAGAUGGAAAAGAAAAAGCCCAGAGCAAAGAGGGAAAAGUAUCUGAAAAGGAAGUGAUACCUGCUGAACCAACUCCUAAUAUCACUGGGGAGCCUAAUCUCUAUACAAGUUCUGAUGAGGAAUCUCUCAGUGGGACAACAAGCUUGGUGUCUUACCUAAAGAAAAGCAGCAAGUCCUCUAUGACUGUGGAAAGUCACACUGAGACUAUUGCCUCCAAGAAACUGUAUGAGCACUUCCAGAUGACAGAGCAAUCUGUUACAAAGACAUCUGUGGAACCUGUCAUGGAAGCUCCGAAAGGGGAUGAGUUGCUAGAGGCUGCUGUCAAGAUUCAGGCAGCCUUUAAAGGUUAUAAAGCCAGGAAGGACAUGCGACCAGUCUUCAAAGAAGUAUUUAAGGAUCAGUCUAAGGAGCCCAAUGGGACAAUUCAUCUUGAGUGCAUUGUGGAGGGUAAGCCGGAUAAAGUUCGCUGGCUGAAAGAUGGUGAACCCUUAACAGAUGGCAAGCACCAUCAUAUUGACAUCUAUAAUGAUGGCACCUGCUCUCUAGUAGUGACAGCUGCCACAACCAAAGACACAGGUGUAUAUACUUGUGAAGUAACCAAUAAGUUUGGUAUUUCCACCCAUAGUGGCAAAGUCACUGUCGGGUCACUGCGGGAAUCUUCUGGGCGACGCCCCCUCACUCUGGGCUACAGUGCAGAUAGCGAAGCUGAGAGCUCCUCAGGGAGUGAAAUGGAUGAGACUUUACGGCAAGCAAGCAAACGAUUACGGCGACUUCUUCGUAUGUCUCCCCCGGAUGUGGAAGAGGAACCGUUUGUUAGUGCAGAUGAAGGAGAUUUACCACCAACGGACCUAAAAUCUUACCGGGAAGAUGAUCAGUAUAUCUACACGUUUGAUAAUCGUGCAGAAGCUCAAGUAGCUUCCCAGCGCUUCCAGGAAAUGUUUACUUAUCAAGGAGUGCCAAUCGAAACAGCCAUCAUAGCAGUAGCAGGUACUAAGGUAGAGCUGCGUAUCACAAAGAUGGGUUUCUCCCAAGAUGGCUCCCAAACCCCAACUCAGGAGCGACCGAUGCCUGCUUUCAUGACAGGACGCCCUGCGGCACCCGUCUUCUUGACGGAGCUCCGUAGCCAAGAUGUUCCUGAUGGGUUUCCAGUCAGUUUUGACUGUGUAAUUGUUGGCAAUCCUCCACCCACUGUGAGAUGGUUCAAGGAUGGAAAGAUAUUGGAGGAAAGCGACCACUACAUGAUCAAUGAAGACCAGGAAGGCCAUCGCCAGCUGAUCAUCACAGCUGUGCUGCCCACAGACAUGGGCGUGUACCGAUGCAUGGCUGAAAAUGACAGUGGCAUCGCCUCCAGCAAGGCUGAGCUGAGGGUGGACAUGUCUUGCAGCUCAGACUAUGACACAGCAGCCGACGCCACAGAGACAUCUUCCUAUGUCAGUGCUAAAGGUUAUGUGUCUAGGUAAGAUUCACUCAUUUAA